GUUUUUUUUCCUUCCAUCUUCCUUUUUUUUGCUUUGUUUUAUUUUUCAAGGACCCACUCGGCCACUCUUGUGGGUUAUGGCUUCACUUUCAAGUCCAAUCUCCCUCUUCAGAUUUUCUUAUUUUCGACUCCUUCCUUCUGCAUAAAGCCAAAAAUACCCUCUUCUCUUCUGUUCUUCUACUCCAAAUUUACUACCACUUCUCCCUGCUUCUGACUCUCUUUCUCUCUCUUUCUCUUCAAGUUCAUGAAGAUAAUAAUAUGGAGAUGUUUUGAAGCUGAGUGAGAAAAAAAAAGGAGCAUUCUCUUAGAAAUGGGUUCUUGUGUUUCCAUCCAUAAGAACCCGGAUUCAGCCAUAAAGUACCGUUUAUCGAUCGGUUCUAAGACCGAUAAGGUAUUGAUUCCCUCCUCCAAUGAGGAAAAACCCGUAAAUGGUGAACACCCGAUCUCUGAAUUCGGCUUCAAGUCUCAGUUCUUGCCUCAGCCGCCCUCUGUGACUACUAUUCGGGACUUUGGUAGUAAAGAGGAAACUUUUUUUGACUCCCAACCUUGGUUAGAAUCAGAUUGCGAAGAUGAUUUCUUCAGUGUCAAUGGUGAGUUUACUCCAUCUCGUGGCAGUACUCCAGUUCAUCAGAGCAGCUUCAUAGGAACCCCUCGACUUAAUAAAUUUCCUUUUGUGGAUGGGGCUGCCAACUUCAAAUGUGAACCAUCCCCAACUGAUAAGAAAAAGAAAUUAGCUGAACUUUUCCGAGAGAGCUUUGAUGGAGAUGUGUUCCUUGGUGAUCAAAGUGUUGCAGGCAACCAGAUUAUGACCAAUGGAAAGCCAGAACCUAAACCAUCAAACCUUGACCUCCCAUCAAGAUCUACUGAUGGAGUCCCAUAUGCAUCUGGAGCAAGCUCCAUCUGUAGUAGUGAGACAACUCCUGAUAGAGACUCCAAGCAUGAGAAAGAGAAACCAUCCAGGGCUGCACAGUGUUGCCUUCCAAGUAUAGUCCCGAAUCUUGGCUUUAAUGAGAGAAAGAAGAAACUGAGCCCUGGCCGAAGUGGUGGAGGAUAACAGAAACUGAUUUCCCAUUCUCAGUGAUAGGAUUCACUUCUAGAUUUGUGUAAAUGGACAAAAAAAAGCCAGGGUCUGGGAUCUCCCAACUUACAAAUUCCAAUAUUUUUCCUCUCCAUAGAUUUUCAUAAUAGAGGUGCCAUAUUAUUGAUAUUCUCUCCCAAGUCCUAGUGAAAAUUUUCAGAUCCAACGGCAUGUAUAAAAAGAAAAGAGAGGAUGCUUUUGUGAUUACCUCCAUCGAAAGUGUUACAGUCUUAGUUUAGUUACUUUUUUAAGCAAAGCUGUAUUAUCCUUUUCAAGUUAGAGGUACUUCCGCUGUAAACAAACUCGAAUGCCCUUGUAAUGGAGAAAGAUGGAUGUAUGAAUUAUGAAAGGCAACUAUUUAUGUAUAAAAGAGAUACAUGUGUGCUUUCUCUUCCA